AUGGCCGACAACUCAUUGAAUCCUAAGCUGACUCCGCUCAAGUGGAUCCUUGGGUCAUGGAAAGGGGAUGGGGAGGGAGGGUAUCCUGGAUCGAAAGAUAAAGACCCCCUCCACUUCCUCUACACCGAGAUGUUGACAUUCAGCGCUCCCAACUCUGCCAAGCCCGUCAUCGCUUACGAUCAGAAAACGAUCAGUCGGGACGGGACCAAGAAAAUGCACGCGGAGUGCGGGUUCUACAGGGUGACAGGAGACGAUGGCCAGAUCGAAGCGAACAUCGCCCAGUCCACCGGGAUUGCUGAAGUACAGAAGGGAAGCGUGAAGGACGACGGCAAAACUUUGCUGCUGGAGAGCACUGUGGUGGCGAAUGCUGAGAAGGUCAAGGCAAUUCACAGGUCGCUCAAGUAUGAUGCUGCGAAUGACCAGUUGGUCAUCUUGACCAGCAUGGAGGCGUCAGGACAUCCGAUGACGCAGCAUCUCUCAACGGUCCUGAAGCGAGUCUCUUGA